UUUUGGCUUUGACAGGAUUGACUGUUAAAAAUGUUGAAGUUAGUUGGUAUUUUAGCCUUGGUCACUAUGGGUUAUGCCGCUCUAGCGAUAUACCCACCUCAACAAAAACCGGCUGAGUUUGCGAAUCAAGAAGGAUGCUACAUCGAGGGCCUAAACAGGGUGUUGCCUUACGAAAAACCUUAUUAUCCAGAUCAAAAAUGUGAACUGUAUACUUGUCAGAGAAACGGAGAAACACGCUGGGAAACUUGCGGGGCUGUCUUUGUCAAGCCAGGAUGCAAGAAAACUGAAGUCGACCUCAGUAAGCGCUAUCCCGACUGUUGUCCUACUGUAGUGUGCGACUGAGGCUUCGAUGUAGCUU